AUGAAGAACGACGUAACAUCGAUGUUUUGCGUUCCAACAUUGAUGUUUAUGAACGAUAUAUCGAUGUUUGAAAAACAUCAAUGUAUCUCUACAGUAGUAUUACUUUACUCUAUGGUCAUGAUGGAUGCCAACUUGGGAAUUUUCUUCCUAAAUUUAGGAAGAAAAAAUGUACAUUGGAAGUUUUUUUGGAGAUUAGAUAAUAAAGAGUUACAGCAAAAGUACCAAGAUGUGAUUAUGGAUUUUAGUUACUUUAAAAUCUCUGAUGAUCAAGAGAAAAAAAUAAAUGCUAAUGGGAAACUUCAAGACAUGGAUGAUGAUCUGAAGGAAAAAUAUUUGGAAUUAAUAACUAGGUUUUAUUUGUUAUUUGAGAACAUUUAUCAAUAUAUAGUUGAUUUAAAUACCUUUGUGGACCAGUUAAAUGAUGGAGCAUUUAUUCAACAAACAAUUGAUAGUGUUAUGAAAGAUGUAGAAGGAAAACAGCUAUUGUGUGAAUCUGCCUACCUAUACGGAUCAAUGCUUUUACUAUGUGAUUUAUACAUUCCCGGACAAGUCAGAGAAAGACUAUUGGUUGCCUUUUAUCGGUACAGCACUAGCCAAUCCCAAUCAAAUGUAGACGAUGUUUGUAAACUGUUACGUGAUACUGGCUAUGACCAACAACAUGCAAGGAAACCACUAGAAUAUCCUGUUGAAUUGUUCAGUCGUGUCCCGAUUCAACCUGAGUUUGUAGACAAAGUUGUGGAAAUGGUUUUCCAUAUUGUUGAGAAGAUUAUCGAUUUACAAACCUGGUCAAUAAAAGAAGUCCCUACUAGAAUAGAAAAGGAGAAACUAAGGGAAUAUGCUCAGCUUGAACACAGAAUGGAAGUGGCGAAGCUCACCCACUCUGCCUCUACUUUUACUACCGGGAUUUUAGAUAUGCGAUCUACGUUAGUAGGUGUCAUACGAGUUGACCCAGCAGAACUGCUUGAGGAAGGAUUGUUGAGAGAAUUAGACACGCAUAUAAGUAAAAAGUUUAAUGAAUUCCUAGAACCCCAAGUAAAGAAGCCAGGUCAUUUAAUUUCUCGCCUGCAGAAAUUAGCAGAAAGCAUGGACGGUUACAAGAGAUCAUUAGAAUAUAUACAAGAUUACAUAAAUAUUCAUGGUCUACGAAUUUGGCAAAAACAGGUUUCUGCUAUUAUUACUGAGAAUGUUAAUAAAGAAAUCAGUUUACGUAAGGGGGUUUCUUUAUACGGGCCUUCGGCAGGUUUCAUGGGCUUUUUAGCCCGACAAAUAGCGCAGCUUACAGAUUCCAGAGUAUCGACUUAUAUAAAUAUUUGCACGGCGUGGUUCGACGUUAAAACACAAAAGGAAGUCGUGAACACUAAGACGUUCGCAAAAUUAAAUGAAGCAAUAGGCGUGGUAGGACUCCAUGGGUUGGACACACUAUAUGCUUUCAUGAUAAAAAAUCAACUGCAAAACUUUCAAGCAAUACUUAGGAAUCCUCAAGAGAAAGUCGUAAUUGCAAACGUCAACUUGGACACAAAAGAUAUUGAACAAGUCACUUCCAAGUGUACGAAAACAAUUCAACAGAUAACCGAUGUGCUUUUACUUGUCGGAGGGCUGCAACUUUUGAGGAAACAUCUGUCAUACCAAUUAAAUACAUCUUGUAAAUUUGACUCGGCAAAUUUGGAAGCAUCGUUGAGAACGAUGAAUGAAGCAUUAAUAAAUGUAUUAAAAGCAAAAAGGUCCGAUCUGAAGUCUAUGCCGUUAGCUCUUAUCCACGAUCUAGAAGAGUACCUAGUCCGGUGUGGAAUAAAUGAACCAUUUCAAAAGGUCUACGUAAAACGGCCACAUGAAUUUUCAAAUUCGGACAUGGGUCGCUUUUUGGCAGUUGUCCUGAUAUCACAGUUAUCAAAACUUCAAAUAUGCUACACCACAGGUGACCUUAUUACUAAAAAACCGGGUGAGAAUAUUGAUGGUUUUCCUCUAUUGGUUGGGACAUACACAUUACUACAUCAAAGCAGUGCGGGAAGUAAAGAAGUAUUUAUCGAUACUUUAUGUCAAUACGCUAAAGUGGCAGCACUGGCGAAGUUGAAAUCCUCCGAAGUAUUACAGGACAGCGCAUUUAUAGUCAGAAUGUUACAGCUGUUUUGCGAAACAUUUAAUUACAAAUUUGAGAAACUGGAAGAAAAAUUGCCGCUAGCGCUAAUAAGUUCUAUACCACAAAAA